AUGGCGAUGGGCUAUGGUGAUGCCUCACCCGUAUCACCCCGGACUCCGGGGCAAUACGCAGCCGGCUUUGCGAUGGGUUUGAACGAGUCUGUCCAUGACAAUGUGUUUGGCUCGCCUCGUGAUAGCUACACAGAUAGGCGUUGCAUCAACGUUGACAUGGACUUGGGUAGAGGCUUUUACAGAGGUCGUAGCCCCUCGCCCAAUAGCCCUGGGACAAAGUUUGAGAGGUUGCGAUCUCUACAGGUGCUGGAAAAGCCUUUCCUGGACUUCUCCCUGGACGUUGUGCCAUGCCGAAGGCAUUCACCGGCACCCCAGAGACAUGACCCACGCAACGAGAUCCUGCAAGCCCUUGAUGCACAUGAGCACACCGCCAUCCUUGGCCGCCGAGUGCCAAUUGUUCGCCCUGGCGGAUAUGAGUCGGUAUCUCCUCGUUCACGCCGUGCGCGCUCCAGAGGUCCACCUGUGGAAGGUGAAGACAGUCCAGCGAGUCCCACGUAUGAAGCAGUGUCGCCGAAGAGGAGCAAGGCCAAGGAUGAUCCAAAGAGGGCGAUGCAGAAGAGUAUUCGUCGCCUGGAUACAGCUGCUGCCAAGCUGGAAAAGGUGGCGAAGGCACUCGUUGAGGAAGCACAAAAACAGCCGCGAACUGAGACAUGGCGCAACGGGGCAUGGCUUGGGGCACUUGGCGGCAACAUGCAGUUUGGACCGGUUUGGACCUGGAGGCAUUCCUGCCAUUAUGCCCUUAGAGCCGGAAAAACAGGUGGAGUCGUUGGAAGAUUCCAGUGCUGUGGGUGUUUCAGGGUGCACCAGCACCCAUGGCCAUAG